AUGGGCAGCCGGAAGCCAGACAAGCGUUCGAAAACCAGAACUCCUCAUCCUCUUCGCAGUCGAAACCCUAACAAGAAAAGCAAGCGAUUACCUCUGGGACCUAACAGAGCAAAGACCAAGAAGUCCAAGAACACCAAACACAAAACCAGCAAACUUGAGAUCAAAAACACCAAAAUCAAACGCAAUGAGAGCAAAAAUGUAGUAAUAGAAUCACCAACGGCGUUGCAGCAGAUGAAUUUCUUUCUUAGUCAGUAUCAAUCGGCCAACGGCGUCCAGCUUUCUUCUCUCGAACUCGAAUCUAUCAAAG